AAGCUAAUUAGCCCUUCCGUGUCUUGCUAGCUCUGUUGGCAGUUCAGGCUGUGACUCAAACGACACCGUCAUGUUUUGUUGUCUAAAUAUACUGCCAGUCCCACUGCAGGUCUGCAUGGGAUUGUGCCCGGAUAUCACAGAAGAGGGCAAGAAGGCUAAACUCCGGAGCUCUAAAAUAGAGCAAGACAUUUUUGAGCAUGCAAGGACUGAGAUGAAUGUGGUGAAAAUCCUCAUGCUUGGAGCUGCAGAGAGCGGAAAAAGCACCCUCAUCAAACAGAUUAAGAUUAUCCACAGUCAUGGCUUCUCCAAACAGGACCUCAUGAGUUUCAAGGCCGCGGUACUAGACAAUUUGCUGACCUCUAUGAAGUUUGUUCUUCGAGGAAUGGGGAUGCUGAGGAUUAACCUUGCUAACAAGAAAAACAAGAUGCAUGCUCGCUCCAUCUUGUCCUGCAGUCAGUGUUUGGGAGACGACGACGAGCUGCUUCCUUUCGUGGCUCAUGCCAUAUGUGCACUUUGGGCCGAUCAAGGGGUGCGGGCAGCUGCAGCCAGAGGUUACGAGUUUGAGCUGAAUGACUCUGCACUGUAUUUCUUCGAGAACCUGAGUCGAAUAAUUUCUCCCAAAUAUGUUCCUAUGGAGACGGAUGUUCUGAGAGUGAGAUUGAGGACCUGUGGAAUCAUUGAGACGCAGUUUCAGCUUUAUGACGUGAUCUUCCGGAUGUAUGACGUUGGGGGUCAGCGCAGUGAGAGGAGGAAGUGGCUCAGCUGCUUUGACUGUAUUCAGGUUGUGCUGUUUGUCGUGGCCCUCAGCAGCUAUGAUAUGACGCAGACAGAGGACCCUUCAGAGAAUCGACUGCAGGAGAGUCUUGAACUUUUUACAUCCAUCUGCACCAACACCGUCUUUGGCAGCACCUCACUGAUUCUGUUCAUGAACAAAACUGACCUUUUCCGGGACAAGAUCCUACGCUCCGGAAGACACUUGAGAUUUUACCUUUCUAGUUACACAGGAGCAGAUGGUGACGUGGAUGCUGCAGCCCACCACAUCACCGCCAUGUUCUCCUCGUGUAACAGCAGUCCUGACAAACCCGUGUACCACCACUACACCACUGCCACAGACACCUCCAACGUGCAGGUGGUCUUCCACAUGGUCAUAGAUCAGGUCAUGAAGGCCAAUCUAGCUGAUGUCCAGAUGCUAUAAGUUUCCUGAAGGCUGCUGGGAUGUGAAUCAUUUUAAAGUUAAUUUUAUUUAGUUUUCCUGUGGAAAAUGUUUUUACUUUUUUUUUCUUCAAAAUGUUAAAUGUAUUUAAGCAGCUAAUAUGUUUAAUAUUAUGAGGGUGAACGUUCCCUAGUUCAUUUUAAGACAUUUUAAAUAAAAAUAUGUAUUGAUACG